CUAAUGAUGACCUGUAUGUCCACAGAGACCAAUGUCCAGAACUGUUCAAUCGGUGUCCUAACAGACAGCGUGUGUGCGAAGGGAUGGGUAUGUGUGCAGUGGUCUGACAGUCACCCCAAUGGGUCGACGGGUCGGUGUGUCUGUCAGGAGGACUGUCCAAAGGAUGAGACGAUUGUGUCAACUGUUAAACCGCUUCCAAUCUAUUCAGUGGACGACAACAGCAACAGUCGAUCGGUGGUAGUGGUGAGUGUGCUGUCGGUGGUGAUGAGCGCACUGGUAGUUGUGGUCAUGUAUUACGUGGGAGUGAGGCGCGGCAUGUUUCGGGAGGUGUGGCGCCGGGCAUUCACUCCCCAGCAGAUUGAACACCAACUCCUCGACCGAAGUCCACAAUCGGAUGAGACGAACGACUCGGAGGCCAUCGCUUAAGACACUACUCAUUGAUGGCGUCUAUGAAUCCAUUGAUCAUAGU